ACUCCUUCCGUACUGCUUGUUACUUCCUCUACCUCUUUCCUUUCUUCACAAAGCUCAUCUCCGAUGAUCUUUUUCUUGAUACAUGGGCAGUUUUUUUAUUCUUUGUAUUCAGCUCUUGGAGCAAAGAAUAGAAACAUCACUCCUCUCCAAUAAUCUUUUUCUUGAUGCAUGGGCAGUUUUUUUAUUCUUAGUAUUCAUUCAGCUCCUGGAGCAAAGAAUAGGAGCAUCACUCCUCUCCCCUAGUCCUCCCUUCCCCCCGACACAAGAAAUGGAAAGCCCAUGGUCUCUUCCUUCUCCUAAACAGCAAUAAAUCUCUAUUCUCCUUUCUCCUUCCCCUCAUUCUCGUUAGCUUUCUUUUUCCGUGUGAAAAGAAAGAGAGAGCACCUCAGUCCCGACAAGGAAGCUGUAUCAUGAACCGUCUCCAACGCAAGUGCUGGCUUCGCUUCCUCCAGCUGUUCUUCCGGGACCAGCCCUCGUCCACGGGCACCGCCGCCGGCGCCCUCCGUGAAGGCGACAUCUGCGACCGCCGGCACCUCCUCUCCGGCAGCCCCCUGGACUCCGCCGUCAUCCCCUCCCACCGUCUCCUCCUCCGGUACUCCUCCCUCUGCCAGCGCGGGUACUACCCGGCCUCCCCCGAGAGCGAGAACCAGGACACCCUCUCCAUCAAGACGCAGCUCCAAGGCAACCCGAACCUCCACCUCUUCGCCGUCUUCGACGGCCAUGGCUAUUUCGGCGCCCAGUGCGCCGAUUUUGCCCGCGACCGCCUCGUCGAUCACCUAGCAGGCGACCCACACCUACUCGAUGACCCCGUCAAAUCCUUCAAUUCCGCCUUCCUCGCCGCCAAUUCCGAUCUCCACGACAGCGAGAUCGACGACACGAGGAGCGGCACGACGGCGAUCGCCGUCCUCGUCGGUGGCGACACGCUUUUCGUCGCGAACGUCGGCGACUCGAGGGCGGUCGCUGGCGUCUGGAAUGGGGAGGGGGUGGUGGCGGAGGACUUGUCGAGUGAUCAGACGCCGUUCCGGAAGGAUGAGUAUGAGAGGGUGCGGCGGUGCGGGGCGACGGUGCUGAGCGUCGAGCAGGUGGAGGGCUUCAAGGAUCCGGCAAUUCAGAGCUGGGGGGAGGAGAGUAAUUGGGACCCGCCGAGGCUGUGGCUUCCGAAUGAGUUGGAGCCCGGCUUAGCGAUGACGAGGAGCGUCGGGGACUCGACGGAGGAGAGCAUCGGCGCCAUCGCCGUGCCGGAGGUCAUGACGGUGAAGAUCACGCCGAACCAUCUCUUCUUUGUUGUGGCGAGCGACGGAGUUUUCCAGUUCCUCUCAAGUCAGGAUGUGGUGGAUAUGGUGUCUAGAUACCCAGAUCCUCGAGAUGCCUGCUCCAUAAUCGCUGCAGAAUCUUACAAAUUAUGGUUAGACCAUGACUAUCGGACUGAUGAUAUAACAAUCAUCAUCGUGCACAUUGAACACUUGCCUCAUUCUGAUGAGUCAGAUGCUGGAGCAACUAAUGAAGUAAGUCAUACCAGCACAAAAGCUUCACUAAUGGUUUCACAUAAAGCAAGAACAGAUAGAUCUCCAUUCCUAGGGUUGGAAACUUGUCAUCCAAAAAGAGGGGAUUGCCUUGAGCUACAGUCAUGUCCUUUUGACUUCUCCAUGGAACAAAGUCUUGCAUGUAUUGCUCCUCCUACACAUUUUGUUUGUACAAAUGUGAUAUAUCCAGACUGACUGAUUGACUGAGGCUGUCUGGGAUGUGUCCUACCUUCCAUAAUGUGCCUUACCUGACUUGUAAAUUUACAUCCUGAAGGGAAGCAUCUAGAAAGGUAUCUAGUCUUUCCAAUAUAAUGCGCUAGAGAAAAGGGAAGCA